GAUGUUCCGUUCGAAUUCGGCGAAGAACAGAUCGCUGCAAUGGAGGAUCUGAAGGCAGUGCUGCUGGAGUCACCAGCACUACGAGCAAUUAACUACAAUUCCGACGCAUCUGUAAUUUUGGCGGUUGACACCUCGAACAUUGCAGUCAGAUACCAACUUUGCCAGUGUGCGCCGGACAAUCCUAAAGUUCGCUACUUUAGCCGGUUCAGCUCGAUCAUGCUUAACGACCAGCCCAAGCUCAAACUCUACAGUUUAUUCCAUGCCCUGCGAGCAUUGAAAGUUUACCUUAUCGGCAUACGGAAUCUGAUAGUCGAAGUGGAUGCUCGUUAUAUCAAGGAAAUGCUGAAGCAUCCGGACAUCACAUCCUUCGCUAGUAUCAAUCGGUGGAUUGUUGUGAUCCUCAUGUUCCAUUUCAAGCUCAUACAUAUACCAGGUGUGAAUCAUGGACUGGAUGGAUUGUCACGCAGACCUGCACAGUCCGGCGAUGCAUUGGAUGACACCUACGAGAACGAGGACUUCGACGAUUGA